AUGAAAAAGGAGUGCCUCGCCUUAGUGUUUGAUGUUCAGAAGAUGCGAUACUAUUUGGUCGGACAAACAAUCCAUGUCAUAUCUAAAGUAAGUCCUUUGCGGGUGCUCAUGAUGAAACCAUCUUCUCUGAAUUAUUGUCUAGCGAAAUGGGCACUCCUUCUGUCGCAAUAUGACAUGCAAUUUAUAACCCAGAAGGCUGUUAAAGGUCAAACCGUAGUCGAUUUCUUAGCCGAUCAUCCGAUAUCUAAAUUAUCCAAAUUAUAUGAAGAUUUACCAGAUGAAGUCACCCCCAAAGCUUGUACAGCUCAAGAAGUUAUACAAGUUUGGAAGUUGUUCUUUGACGGUGUGUCCAGGGCAAACCCUAAUAGAGGAAUAACUACUGGCGUGGGGGUGGUACUUGUAUCUCCAAACGGUCAUGUAAUUCUAAGAGGAUUCUCUCUAAUCGAGCCAUACACCAACAAUGUAGCGGAGUACAACGCUUUGCUACUAAGGAUGCAGUUGGCCGAAGAACUCAACAUUCGAUACAUCGAGGCUUAUGGUGAUUCUCAGCUUAUCGUGAAUCAAGUCCGAGGAGAAUAUGAAGUACGUAAUAAGGACUUAGUCCCAUAUCACUUUGCCGUGCUAGAGUUAGCUCAGAAGUUUGAAGGCUUUUUCAUUGAAUACAUCCCACGAGCCCAGAAUACAUAUGCAGAUGCUUUAGCUUCAUUAGCAACUUCAUUGGCAUUACUACCGAGAGCUGAGACGACGAUAUUCAUCAUGGGCCGUGACUUGUAUCACCCAAAAUUUCCCUUAGAACACUGUUCAAAUGAGACAAUAGCAGAAAUCGCCUGUGCAACUCAAUUGAGCUAG